AUAAAAAAUUGAUUGAGAAGUGGAAAGGUGAAAAGGAAAAGGAGAAAAGAAGAGGAGAAAAGGUUAAAUCAUGAUUAUGAUGAUAAAUCGUUUAAACCAAUGGAUAUUUGUGUUAAUUAUUGUUAUGUUUAAUAAAUUUAAUCACAUUUUUACACUGAGUGAUUUUGAUGUCGGUGACAAAGGAAAUGCCUUGGGCCAAAACAUAACCCGAAUAUUGAAUGCAUUUUUUGCUGGCGGUUAUGAUAAGCGAGUCAGACCUAAUUAUGGAGGUCCACCCGUUGAAAUAGGAGUUUCCAUGCAUAUAAUUAGUAUCAGUACAGUAUCUGAGGUUCAAAUGGACUUUACAUCUGAUUUUUACUUUCGCCAAUUUUGGGAAGAUCCAAGAUUAGCCUUUAUUCCUUUACCUCGAAUCACGGAGCUCUACGUAGGUGCCGAAGUUGCUGACCGAAUCUGGGUUCCAGAUACUUUUUUUGCCAACGAGAAAUCAGCAAGUUUUCACUUUGCCACAACUAAAAACACUUUUCUACGAAUUGGUUCCAAUGGUGAAGUAUUUCGAAGUAUAAGAUUAACUGUUACAGCCAGCUGUCCCAUGGAGCUUCAAUACUUUCCAAUGGAUAGGCAAAAAUGUUCACUUGAAAUUGAAAGCUAUGGUUAUUCAAUGUCUGAUAUGAUUUAUAUUUGGAGAGAAGGUAAAAAGUCAAUACGAAUGAAUAGUGAUCUUUCAUUACCUCAAUUCAAAGUUCUUGGCCAUGCACAGAAAUCUCAAGCCAAUGCUUUAAGUACAGGAAACUAUUCCAGAUUAAUAUGUGAAAUUAAAUUUGCUCGAAGUUUGGGUUUUUAUUUGAUACAAAUAUACAUCCCUGCCAGCCUUAUAGUGGUGAUAAGUUGGGUCUCAUUUUGGUUACAUCGUAAUGCAACUCCAGCCCGAGUUUCAUUAGGAGUGACCACUGUCCUUACAAUGACAACCUUAAUGUCUUCAACCAAUGCCCAGCUUCCAAAAAUAUCUUAUAUUAAAUCAAUUGACGUUUUCUUGGGAACCUGUUUCGUUAUGGUUUUCGCUUCCCUCCUUGAAUAUGCCACUGUCGGUUAUCUUGGUAAACGGAUUGCCAUGCGUAAAUCAAGAUUUGAACAAAUGAAUAAGAUGCAUGAAGACCAAAAGAAACGUCUUGCCUCAUUGCCUUCUCAUCAUAAUAGUAAUUCUACUUCAGGACAUUUAACGAUAAGUGAUAGAGGAGGCGGUGGCUCAGGUGGUGCGACUGGAAAUGCUGGAGUAGGAUGUUUAAGUAAUAACCAAGUAGCCUUACAAUCUGGGCAACAACAGUCACAAAUGCAGCAGCAACAAUCAUCACAAGGUGGAGGGGGAUUAAGCUCAACUGGUGGAACUGGAGGGUGUGGAGGUGGUGGACAAGGUGGACAAAUGUCUUCACUUAACCCAUUAAAUGUGGUACAUCCCGUUCAAGUUACCUCCUGUGACCUUAUCCAUGGUGAAGGUGGCCACAGUCAUCUUGUACCUCCUUCAUCACACUCACACCAUCCAAACCAGCCUCAAUCUCAGCCACAGUCCCAAUCCCAGCCGCCCUCCUCACAAGACAUACCUCCGCCCAUACCGCCAGGUCCAAUUGGAAUAAUUAAUCCAUCUCUAUGUCCGGCGGCAAUGAAUGCACGUAAUCCAAGGCAAAUUAUUUAUAAACAUUCGCAUCUUUACCAUCCCGGAUCGGGAGGAACACUUCACCGAAGUGGCCAUUAUGAUCGUUCAUAUACUUGCUCAUCACCACCCACCACUCAUCGAUCCACAUGUACAUUGCGUACCUGUAACACAGCUCAUAUGAUAUGCAACCAUCCAGACUCAAUUGGAUCAAGUGGAGUCCAUUAUCCAAGUGAAGUUAGAUAUAAAUUGUCUGAAAUGAAAACAGGUUCAAGAGGAGCAAGUUGUAUCACCACUUCAACCGGUGAACCCAUUUGUAGUGGUAACAGUCAAGGAGGAGGAACAGGUGGAAGUGGUGGCUGUGGUGCUACAUCGACAACACCUUUGAUUUCACGACGCUCAAUGGAACAAUCAGAACCUCCGCCAACUCCAAUAACCAAACAUUCAACUGGAAAGUGUAAAAAUCCGAAUAAACUAUUAGGAGUUUCACCAAGUGACAUUGAUAAAUACUCUAGGGUUAUAUUUCCCGUCUGUUUCAUAUGUUUCAAUCUUAUGUAUUGGAUUAUCUAUCUUCACAUCAGCAAUGAACCCAAUCCAGAUUUAAUUCAGCUGGGAAGUUAAAUUAAAUGUCAAAAAUGAACCUAAAGAACAAAGAGAAACAACGAUCAAGGCGAAUCAAAUAAACUAGGAAAAGAAACCAAUAGCUAUAAAUGAUCAAAUAGUGACUCCAAAUGAUUGUUGGUUUGGACGGAUUAGUGAAUAGGAGAACUUUGAAACCUGAAAAUUGUGAUGAAGCAAAUUUCAGACAACUCAUGGUAUUUGAAAAGGUGUAAAGAGACUCAUUCAAUGUAUAAAACAGGGGAAAUUGUUUAAAAUCUAUAAUAUGUUGAAA